AUGGGGUGGAAGAAAUUCAGCAGGUUGGAGAUCACCUUGAUGGUCCUCUUCUGCCUGAUGGUGGCUGUGGCUUGUGUCUUCAUCGGGCUCUUGGCAACCAAGGACCUGCCAUCAGAGGAUGAUGACUUUUCCCCUACCUGCCCUUCCCUGGACACAGCCCAGAGGGUCGAUUGCAUCCCGGACCAGAUCGCCACCAAGAGCCUCUGCUCCCGCCGUGGAUGCUGCUGGAGCCCCUUGAGUGAGACCAACGUGCCCUGGUGCUUCUUCUCUUCAGACCAUGGCUACACAGUGGAUGGGGACCUGGUGACCACACAGCAAAGGCUGCAGGCCACCCUGACCCGGCUUCCUUCGCCAUCGCUCUUUGGCCAUGACAUCAACAACCUUCUCCUCACCAUGGAGCACCAGACCCCAAACCGCUUCCACUUCAAGAUCACCGACCCCAACAACCGAAGGUUUGAAGUCCCCCAUGAGCAUGUGAAAUCUUUCACGGGUCCAGCAGCCUCCAACCUCAACUACAAAGUUGAGGUCCAACACAACCCCUUUGGCAUCAAGGUGACCAGAGCCAGCACUGGAAAAAUUGUCUUUGACACCACCAUUGGUCCUCUGGUCUAUGCUGACCAGUUCCUGCAGCUCUCCAUCAGACUCCCCAGUGGCAACGUCUACGGGGUGGGUGAGCACGUCCACAAGCAGUACCAGCACGACCUCAACUGGAAGAUCUGGCCCAUACACAACAGGGACACAGCUCCUUCUGGGAAUGUAGAAAAUUUAUACGGUGCUCAGACCUUCUUCUUGUGCUUGGAAGAUGAAAGUGGAGCUUCUCUUGGUGUCUUCUUGAUGAACAGCAAUCCCAUGGAGGUCGCCAUGCAGCCGGCACCGGCCGUCACCUACAGAACCAUCGGGGGAGUUCUGGACUUUUAUGUCUUCCUUGGGGACACCCCUGAGCAGGUGGUGCAGGAGUAUGUGAAGUUCAUUGGGCUGCCAGCGUUGCCUGCCUACUGGACCCUGGGGUUCCAGCUGAGCCGCUACGAUUACGGCUCCCUGGCUGAGGUGAAGACUGUGGUGGAGAGGAACAGAGCCAUCGGCCUCCCUCACGAUGUCCAGCACACAGACAUCGACUACAUGGAUGAAAAGAAAGAUUUCACCUACGACAAAGAGAAGUUCAAAGACCUGCCCAGCUUCCGAACCUACAUGAACGACCAUGGGCAGAAGUACAUCAUCAUCCUGGAUGCUGCCAUCUGCAUGGAGGCUCUAUCCGACGGCUCCCCGUACCUGACCUAUGAGAGGGGGCAGAGCAGGGGCGUCUGGGUGAACGAGUCCAACAGCGACACGCCAUUGGUUGGCCAGGUGUGGCCAGGACAAACAGUCUUCCCAGACUUUACCAACCCUGAGUGCACGAACUGGUGGGUGGAGGAAUGCAAAAUCUUCUAUGACCAAGUGCCCUACGAUGGGAUCUGGAUUGAUAUGAAUGAAGUCUCCAGCUUUGUCCAAGGCUCAAAUAAAGGCUGUGAGGAGAAUGACUUGAACUAUCCUCCCUUCACACCACAUGUUGUUGACAGGCUUCUGUAUUCCAAAACCCUCUGCAUGGAUGCCAGGCAGAUGUGGGGACGUCAAUAUGAUGUCCACAACCUCUAUGGGUACUCCAUGAUCAUCUCAACACAAAGAGCCAUUGAAGCUUUGUUUCCUGGAAAGCGCAGCUUCCUCCUUUCAAGAUCCACUUUUGCAGGCUCAGGGAAAUAUGCAGGACACUGGCUAGGUGACAACACAGCAUCGUGGGACCAGAUGAAGUGGGCCAUACCUGGAAUGCUGGAAUUUGGCCUCUUUGGAAUCCCCUAUAUUGGAGCAGACAUUUGUGGCUUCUUUGAGAACACCACAGAAGAGCUCUGCCAGCGCUGGAUGCAAGUCGGAGCCUUUUACCCCUUCUCCAGGAACCACAACACGGAGAAAUGCGCCCCCCAGGAUCCAGCCUUCUUUGGAGCUAACUCAGUCUUGGUGAACACCUCAAAGCACUACCUGAACAUCCGCUACACCUUGCUGCCCUACCUCUACAGCCUCUUCUACCGAGCUCACACCCGAGGGGACACGGUCCUGAGGCCUCUUCUCCAUGAGUUCUACUCUGAAAGUGCCACCUGGAGCGUGGACAAGCAGUUCCUUUGGGGUCCUGGACUCCUCAUCAGCCCUGUGCUCGAUCCGGAGGUGGAAGUCAUCGAGGCCUACAUCCCUGAUGCUGUCUGGUAUGACUAUGACUCGGGAGCAAACAUCUGGUGGAGGAACCAGUGGGUGGAGCUGCAUCUUCCUGCAGACAAGAUGGGGCUUCACCUGAGAGGAGGCCACAUCUUCCCUGUCCAGCAGCCAGCCACCACCACUGUGGCAAGCCGUAAGAACCCCCUGGGCCUCAUCAUUGCACUGGAUGACAAGGACGAAGCAGCUGGAGAGUUAUUCUGGGAUGAUGGAGAAUCCACAGGUACCAUUAGCAGCAAAUCCUAUAUCUCCUAUGACUUCAGAGUGUCCAAUAAUGUUCUGGAGAUGAAGGUCACAAACAGCAACUACCAGGAUCCAAACAACCUGACCUUCCAAGAGAUCAAAAUUCUGGGGCUGCUCCAGGAACUGCUCACCUUUACGGUGCUGCAGGACAGUGUGGUGCAGAAUGCUGCUCAUAGUAUCAGCUAUGACCCUGCAAAUAAGGUCGCUGUCAUCCAAGGACUCCAGCUGGAACUGGGAAAAUCCUACACCUUGAGUUGGACCCUGGGAAGCAACAUCACUGAAAAAUUCGACUGCUACCCUGGGAUGGAUGCUUCCAAGGAGAAGUGUGAAGAGCUGGGCUGUGCCUGGACUGAGGACCCCUCCAACUCGGGUGCUCCCCCCUGCCACUACCUCAACGCUGACAACGGAUAUUCCAUCACCGACGUGAGGUACAUGGCGUCAGGCGUGAGGGCCAACCUCACCUUCAACAGGAGCAUCAGAAAAGCCUUUGAGAAUGCAACAGCACCCAUCAGCACCCUGGGCCUGGAGGUGAAAUACCACAACAACCACAUGCUGCAGUUCAAAAUUUAUGACUACACCAACCCUCGCUACGAGGUGCCGGUGCCCCUCAACCUCCCUGCAGCCCCGGAGGGCUCGAGCCAGGAGCGCCUCUACGACCUGGUGCUGAGGAGCAAACCCUUCGGCAUCCAGGUGCGGCGCAGAAGCACAGGAACAGUGAUCUGGGACUCGCAGCUGCCCACCUUCACCUUCAGUGACCAGUUCAUCCAGAUCUCCACCCGCCUGCCCUCGCAGUACCUCUUCGGCUUUGGGGAGCAUGAGCACAGAGCCUUCCGGCGGGACAUGGGUUGGCAUACCUGGGGCAUGUUCACCAGGGACCAGCCUCCUGGAUACAAGCUGAACUCUUACGGUUUCCAGCCCUUCUACAUGGGUCUUGAAGAAGAUGGCAACGCUCAUGGGGUUCUCCUGCUCAACAGCAACGCCAUGGAUGUCACCUUCCAGCCCACCCCUGCUCUGACCUAUCGCACAACUGGGGGGAUCCUGGACUUCUACAUGGUGCUGGGGCCGACGCCGGAGCUGGUGGUGCAGGAGUACACCGAGGUGAUUGGGAGACCUGUCAUGCCUGCCUACUGGUCACUGGGAUUCCAGUUGUGCCGCUAUGGAUACUCAAAUGACAGCGAAAUUGCCCAACUGGUGGCGGACAUGAAAGCAGCCAAGAUACCUCAUGAUGUGCAGUACUCAGACAUCGACUACAUGCUGCGGCAACUGGACUUCACCCUCAGCCCACACUUCAGUGGCUUGCCAGCUCUGAUUGAAAAGAUCCAUGGAGAAGGAAUGAGGUUCAUCCUCAUCCUGGACCCAGCCAUAUCCGCUAAUGAAAGCGAUUACCUGACCUUCACCCGAGGCCUGGAGCAGGAUGUCUUCAUCAAGUGGCCCAACAGCAAUGACAUUGUCUAUGGAAAGGUCUGGCCAGAUCUUCCCAAUGUAGAAGUCAAUAGCAGCCUGGAUGUAGAAACUCAGGUGAAGCUCUACCGAGCCCACGCAGCCUUUCCAGAUUUCUUGCGCAAUUCCACCCAGGAAUGGUGGGAGAGGGAAAUUGCUGAGGUCUACUCCAACCCACGAAAUGCAUCCCUGAGCAUGAAGUUUGAUGGCCUCUGGAUUGACAUGAACGAACCUGCAAACUUCAUUAGCGGUGCCGUUGAUGGCUGCAGGAACCAGAGGCUGAACUUCCCCCCCUACAUGCCACAGCUGGGCUCGCCGUGGAUGGGGCUGAGCUUCAAUACCACCUGCAUGGAAGGAGAGCAGCACCUCCCAGACGGGACCCCAGUGCGGCACUACGACGUCCACAACCUCUACGGCUGGUCAGAGACCAAGGCCACCCUGGUAGCUCUGCAGAAGGCCACAAAAGAGAGAGGAAUCAUCAUCACACGCUCAACCUACCCCUCCAGUGGAAGGUGGGCAGGACACUGGCUUGGGGACAACACUGCAGCUUGGGACCAGCUCUAUAAAUCCAUCAUUGGAAUGCUGGACUUCAGCCUCUUUGGAAUAUCUUAUACUGGAGCAGACAUCUGUGGCUUCUUUGGAGACUCUGAGUACGAGAUGUGUGCUCGCUGGAUGGAGCUUGGUGCUUUCUACCCCUACUCAAGGAACCACAAUGAGAACAAAAGGAGGAGGCAAGAUCCUGUCUCCUGGAAUUCAACCUUUGAAGACCUCUCCAGGACAGUACUCAACAUCCGAUACAGCCUCUUGCCCUAUCUCUACACCUUGAUGUUUGAAGCCCAUGCCCAUGGGAGCACCGUGAUCCGUCCUGUCCUCCAUGAGUUUGUGGAAGACAAAGCAACGUGGGACAUCUACCGCCAGUUUCUGUGGGGCCCAGCGUUGCUCAUCAGCCCUGUGCUGGAACAGGGGGCCAGAGAGGUCAGUGCCUACCUACCGAACGCCCGCUGGUACGACUUCCACACGGAUGAAUAUGUUGGGUUUAGAGGACAAUUCAGGACUUUACCAGCUCCUCUGGAACACAUCAACCUGCAUAUCCGUGGUGGUUACAUCCUUGCCCAGCAGAGCCCUGCCAGCACCACAUUUUACAGCCGGCAGAACGCCCUUUCCCUGACUGUGGCCCUGAGCGACACGCAGCUGGCUGCCGGGCAGCUGUACUGGGAUGACGGCGUCCGCAUCGAUGCCUAUGAGGAUGGCGUCUACCUGCUGACCUCAUUCACUGCCACCCGGAACAUUUUAGAGAUCAAGGUUCUGCACCAUGGCUAUGUGGAUCCAAACAACUUGAAAUUCACUCAGGUGAAGGUUUUGGGGGUGACCUCAGCUGCUCACAACGUGACAGUGUCACAGAACGGCCAACAGAUUCCAUCUCCUCAUGCUGUGACCUACAACAGCCAAAAACAGGUCCUGGAAAUCACCCACCUGGAACUUGAGCUGGGCCAAGACUACAAGUUAGAGUGGAGCUAA